GGCGGCGCGGCGCGGCGGAGCUGUCCUCGCGCGCAGGGGUGCCGCCUGCCGCUGAAACAAGAUGGCUGUGCGCGCAGGAGGACCAGCGGAGGAGAGCUGAGGCAAUGCAGAGGAGGAAAGAGAGGGGGGCGAGGGUUAUCACUCCCGUGCGUGCGUGUGUGUAUAUAUGUGUGUGUGUGUUUCUCGUCCUGCCCGUAAAAAGAGCAACAGAGGAAAACAAGACGAGAAGGACCGCUGACACGAUGCCGGCUCGUCUCCGUGACCAGUUUGAGUGUUUGUCCCAGUAACCAGGAGACUAACGGAGCCAACAAAUCCCGGAGCGCUCGGCAGAGCACAGAGGACAGCCAGAGAUGUCCCUGCUGUGCGUGGGAGUGAAGAAAGCCAAACUGGAUGGACCCCAAGAGAAGUUCAACACGUACGUGACUCUGAAGGUACAAAAUGUGAAGAGCACAACCAUCGCCGUCAGGGGCGACUUGCCCAGUUGGGAGCAAGACUUCAUGUUUGAAAUUAGCCGCCUCGACCUGGGUCUGACAGUCGAGGUGUGGAACAAAGGGUUAAUCUGGGACACCAUGGUCGGCACUGUGUGGAUUCCCCUCCGCAGCAUCCGGCAGUCAAAUGAGGAAGGUCCAGGGGAGUGGCUCACACUGGACUCUCAGGUCAUCAUGUCUGAUAAUGAGAUCUGUGGCACCAAAGAUCCCACUCUCCAUCUGGUGCUACUCGACACACGCUUCGAGCUGCCUCUCGAUAUCCCAGAGGAUGAGGCAAGGUACUGGGCGAAAAAACUGGAGCAGAUCAACGCCAUGCGGGACCAAGAUUAUUCAUACCAAGAGGAACAGGAACGCCCUCUCCGUGCACCAAGCACCCAGUGCUGUAACUGGAACCUAUGGGGAGAACAACAAAAUGAGGACCCAGACAGUGCUGUGGACGACAGGGACAGUGACUAUCGAAGUGAAACCAGUAACAGCAUCCCCCCUCCCUACUACAGCACAUCUCAGCCCAACGCCUCUGUCCACCAAUAUCCCAUCAGCCACCAGCACCGCAGCUCCAGAAGCCCCUCCUACCCGCACUCAGGCAACAGCCAGGACCCCGACUACAACAAUCAGAAGACUGUCAGCCCCACCGGGAGCUAUGCAUCGUCUGCAGAGUUGAGUCGGUGCAGCAGUCAGUUGAGCGAGGAGGAUUACGGCGUUGGGUACGGAGAGAGGGACCCGUACGACGAGAACGACUCGUACCACUCUUGCCAUUCCUCAGUCAGCUGCAGCAAAGGCUCUCCUGACUGGGACCCUGACGAGACUCAGGGGGCGUACAGCGAUGAGGGUGGUUACAGCAAAGACGGAGGAGAGGAGGUCGCUCUGUACGAGGAGGAAGAUGCCGGACUGUAUGAGGGAGAAGAGGAUGGCCUCUAUGAGGAUGAGGAGAUGUUGUAUGAUGAUGAGGAUCUGUACAACUUGGAAGGGACUCUCAGUGAGGACAUGGAGCCUCCUUUCACUCCCACGCCAACGUCAACUGUCCCUCCAACUCUUGAUGUUCCUAACUCCAGACCUCCUCUAGAAAAACAGUCGACCCUCCACCAACAGCAGCCUGCUACUCAGCCCUCUAACCAAACAACCAACCAGGCUCAUCCCCCUGGUGUGGCCGCAACAGCACAGCCCCAAUCUGGUCAACCAACAGCCCAACCACCUAAACAGCCCAUAGCACAGCCACAGCCACAGCCAGCCCCAUCAGCUACUUCCUUCUUUUCAAUGGCCAAACCUCUUACAGCUGCAGUCUCAGGCUUGGCCUCUUCUUUCCUCUCCUCGGUUCCCACUGCCCAGCCCGCCCAGUCUCAACCUCAAGCCUCUGCCGUAUCCCAACAGCACCAGUCUGUUGCAGCCAGCUCUGUCCCUCCAUCCCACCCGUCCACUGUGACUAACUCAGCCUCUCAGCACCCCUCCACAGCCACAGGUCCCUUAUCCAAACAGAUCCCAGCAUCUGCAGAGCCCCAAUCCCAAUUUAGGGAUCCUGCCACCACACAGUUGGCUGCCCACAAGGACCAGGCUCCCCAGCUGGAGGAAGAACCAUGGCUAGAGGAGGAAAUGAUGUUGGAGAGUGAGGAAAGGACGCCUCCAGCCCAGUCGGAGGAGAUGUUCCCCAUGGAGGAGGAGGAGGAGCAAUUUGAAGAUAGCAGACCCCCGACUCCAGAUGAGUUAGAAGAGAUACCACCUGAGAGCCCUCAAGUUAUAGAAGAGCCCAAAGAGCCAGUCGAUCCAGCAGUCAGAGCCAAACAGAACUGGCUCAGGCUUUACAACAGGGUCUUAGAGCAGCUGCGGGAGGCUCGAGGAGAGACUUCCAACUCACUGUGGUUCGGUAAAGGAGGAGUGGGAGGUGCACUCUACAGCAUUGACAGCAUGCCUGACCUUCGCAAAAGGAAAGCCAUUCCUCUUGUCAGAGAUCUGGCCAUGUCUCUGGUGCAGAACUCUCGUAAAGCUGGCAUCACAUCAGCCAUGGCUUCCACCACUCUUGGAAAUGAAGAGUUGAAGAGCCAUGUCUAUAAAAAGACUCUACAGGCUCUGAUCUACCCCAUCUCCUCCACUACUCCUCAUAACUUUGAGGUGUGGACAGCCACCACCCCCACCUACUGCUAUGAAUGUGAGGGGCUGCUGUGGGGUAUCGCCCGCCAAGGCAUGCGCUGCUCCGAGUGCGGCGUCAAAUGCCACGAUAAGUGCCAGGACUUACUCAAUGCCGACUGUCUGCAGAGAGCUGCAGAGAAGAGCUCCAAACACGGGGCUGAGGACCGCACCCAGAACAUCAUCAUGGUCCUGAAGGACCGCAUGAAGAUCAGAGAGAGGAACAAACCGGAGAUCUUUGAGCAGAUACAGGAAGUGUUUGCCCUCGACAAAACGACACAUGCCACGCACAUGAAGCAGAUCAAGCAGAGCGUGCUUGACGGGACCUCAAAAUGGUCGGCAAAGAUCAGCAUCACUGUGGUGUGUGCUCAGGGCUUGCAGGCUAAAGACAAAACAGGCUCCAGUGACCCGUAUGUCACUGUUCAAGUUGGGAAGACCAAGAAGAGAACCAAGACUAUCUAUGGCAACCUCAACCCUGUCUGGGAAGAAAAUUUCCACUUCGAGUGCCAUAACUCAUCCGACCGCAUCAAGGUCCGCGUGUGGGACGAGGACGAUGACAUCAAGUCUCGUGUGAAACAAAGGUUCAAACGUGAGAGCGAUGACUUCCUGGGUCAAACCAUCAUUGAAGUCCGCACUCUGAGCGGGGAGAUGGAUGUCUGGUACAAUCUGGACAAGAGAACAGAUAAGUCUGCUGUGUCAGGAGCGAUCCGGAUGCACAUAAGUGUGGAAAUCAAAGGGGAGGAGACGGUAGCUCCUUACCAUGUCCAGUACACCUGUCUACAUGAGCAUCUGUUCCAGUACACCACUGAGGAGCAGAACGGCGGUGUAGUAAAAAUCCCUGAUGCCAAAGGAGAUGAUGCCUGGAAGGUGUAUUUUGAGGAGACGGCUCAGGAGAUAGUGGACGAGUUCGCCAUGAGAUACGGAGUAGAGUCCAUCUACCAGGCCAUGACCCACUUCGCCUGCUUAUCGUCCAAGUACAUGUGCCCAGGAGUGCCCGCUGUGAUGAGCACCCUGCUGGCCAACAUCAACGCUUACUACGCCCACACCACCCAGUCGUCCAACAACGUGUCUGCCUCAGACAGAUUUGCUGCAUCAAACUUUGGCAAGGAGAGGUUUGUCAAACUGCUGGAUCAGCUGCACAACUCCCUGAGGAUCGACCUGUCCAUGUACCGGAAUAAUUUCCCUGCCAGCAGUCCUGAAAGACUACAAGAUCUCAAGUCUACUGUUGAUCUCUUGACAAGCAUCACAUUCUUCAGGAUGAAGGUCCAGGAGCUGCAGAGUCCCCCGAGGGCGAGCCAGGUGGUGAAGGACUGCGUGAAAGCCUGUCUCAACUCCACCUACGAGUAUAUCUUCAACAACUGCCACGACCUCUACAAUAGGGAAUAUCAGACAGACCCUUCAAAGGCAGUGCCUCCAGAUGAGCAGGGUCCCAACAUCAAGAACCUCGACUUCUGGUCCAAACUCAUCACUCUCAUCGUGUCCAUCAUAGAAGAGGACAAAAACUCUUACACGCCUUGUCUUAAUCAGUUUCCCCAGGAACUGAAUGUGGGCAAGAUUAGCGCUGAGGUCAUGUGGAAUAUGUUUGCACAAGAUAUGAAAUAUGCCAUGGAGGAGCACGAGAAGAACCGCCUGUGUAAAAGUGCAGAUUAUAUGAAUUUGCACUUCAAGGUGAAGUGGCUCUAUAAUGAAUACUGCAAGGAGCUGACCACUUUCCAGAAGCACGUUCCUGAAUAUCCAGCCUGGUUUGAGCCAUUUGUCAUCAUGUGGUUGGAUGAAAAUGAGGAGGUGUCCAGAGAUUUUCUUCAUGGAGCCCUGGAGAGGGACAAAAAAGACGGGUUCCAGGUAACGUCAGAGCACGCUUUGUUCUCCUGCUCGGUGGUGGACGUGUUCUCUCAGCUCAAUCAAAGCUUUGAAAUCAUCCGCAAACUGGAGUGUCCUGACCCGCAGAUUGUUGGGAACUACAUGAAGAGAUUCGCCAAGACCAUCGGCAAUGUCCUGUUGUCUUAUGCUGACAUCAUAGAGAAAGACUUCCAUAAUCAUGUCAAGAAGGAGAAAGUGCCGUGUAUCAUCAUCAAUAACAUCCAGCAGCUCAGGGUUCAGUUGGAGAAGAUGUUUGAGGCCAUGGGAGGCAAAGAUCUCAACUUGGAUGCCAGUGACUUCCUGAAGGAGCUGCAGAACAAACUCAACAGCGUCAUGGAUGACCUCAGCCGCAUUUUUGCAGUCAGUUUCCAGCCUCAGAUUGAGGACAACGUGAGGCAGAUGGGGGAUAUCCUGGCUCAAGUCAAAGGUCAGACUGUACCAGCCAAUGGCAGCGUGGUUCAGGAGGCCGACAACGUCCUACAGCCCAUCAUGGACUUUCUGGACAGCAAUCUGUCGCUGUUUGCCAAGAUCUGUGAAAAGACCGUCCUGAAGAGAGUGCUGAAAGAGCUGUGGAAACUGGUGAUGAACACAAUGGAAAAAACGAUUGUUCUUCCAACCCUCACGGAUCAGUCGCAGGGCACCCAGAUGAUCUUCAAUGCUGCCAAGGAGCUGGGCCAGCUUUCUAAACUCAAGGAGCACAUGGGGCGAGAGGAGGCCAAAGCUCUGACUCCUAAACAGUGUGCAGUUAUAGAGCUGGCACUGGACACCAUUAAGCAAUACUUUCAUGCUGGUGGAGUGGGCCUGAAGAAAACCUUCUUGGAGAAGAGUCCAGACCUGCAGUCCCUGCGCUACGCCUUGUCUCUGUACACACAGGCCACGGACAAACUCAUCAGGAAGUUUGUCCUCUCGCAGAAUGCUCAGGUCCACGGAGGGAAAGGGGUCAGGUACUCGGCUAACGAAGACACGCCGCCAGAGAAAGCAUCUGGAGUGGACUCAGUUGGCGAAGUGAUCAUGACCGUGGAUAUCUUACCGCAACCGAAUGGAGAACACAAGAUCAACGUCAAAGUGGUGGCUGCGAAUGACCUGAAGUGGAGGGCGCAGGGCUUCAGGCCUUUCGUGGAGGUUUACAUCAUCGGCCCUCACCUCAGUGACAAGAAGAGGAAAUUUGCCACCAAGUCCAAGAACAACUGCUGGUCUCCAAAGUUCAGCGAGAGCUUCCAGUACUCCCUCGGCACUGAGGUGGGUCCCGAGAGCUACGAGCUGCAGGUGUGCGUGAAGGACUACUGCUUCGCCCGGGAGGACCGCACCGUGGGAAUGGCCUUGCUGCAGGUGAAGGAGAUAGCCAACAAGAGCAGCAUCACCUGCUGGAUGCCGCUGGGAAGACGGGUCCACAUGGACGAGACGGGCCUGACGGUGCUGCGCAUCCUCUCUCAGCGCAACAACGACGAUGUGGCAAAGGAGUUUGUGAAGCUCAAGUCGGACCAGCGCUCGCCUGAGGAGGGCCGCAGCUGAGAGGGGAGGAGGAGGAGAGAGCGAGGACACGCGUGGGCACAAGAACAGCAGAGACCUGAGCGACAUAGUAUUAUGCACACAUGUCGUAGUCACACCCACAUAGAUAGGCAACCAUGUGCAACACACAAGCACACACAUGAAAACGCUCUAUUGUACAUAUAUCUGCAUACAUUAUGCAACAUUUACAUAGCAAUGGUAUCAAUGCAAACACCGAGGAAUAGGUUUUUAAAGAAUCCCGUUUCAUUUUGAAUAUUUCAACAGCUCCACUCAAACCUCUCAGUUUAACAUUAGCCUCACAUUAGCAAGCACCCGUCACUCCCUCUUUCCUACAGCGCCUUUUUAUACGCUGUCAAGUUCGAUGUGAUAAAACGCAGCGCAGAACAACGGCCGUGUGAAUCGUUUGAGAGAGACCACUUUGCACUUUGCUUCUGUCUCUUCAGGAGGUCCGUCCCCGUCCUGCUACGAUCUGUCCGUCUGCCUGCCUGUGUC